AUGAAAAUCUCUUUGAUCACCCUUGCAAUGGCAGCUGGCCUGUCCCUUGCUGCGCCCACUAUGAGUGCGCCUGGCCAUUUCAACGGCGGCAUGGAAAAGCAUGGCGUCACGACAGAAUCCGGUCAUGAUACCAUGGGGCGCAGUCUGACCUAUCGACAGCUCGAGGAGGAACGUACUGCUCUAAAUCGCCGGCAGGAGGACGAGGAGGAGGAGAGGGGAGGAGAGCGCACUGCCCUGAAUCGCCGGCAGGAGGACGGGGAGGAGGAGAAGGAAGAGGCACGCACUGCCCUGAAUCGCCGGCAGGAUGGGGAGUCCGGGGGUGAUGCAGGCGGGGAUGAACGCACUGCCCUAACUCGCCGCCAGGAUGAGUCGGCUGAAGAUGAACGCACUACCCUGACUCACCGCCAGGAUGCAGAGUGA